UACGUCUAAUUACGAACUGUGUUUAUUAUGAGACUAUCAAAAAAACUGCUUUCCAUCAACAUGAAGGUGUUUUCUUUGAAGAGGAUUACAAAUACAAAGGGAUUGACACGUUCAUAUUUAUUUAGCAAAUAAUGAUCUAAUCCCUGGGUCAGCUGAAGCUAAGGAAGGAGAAGACUGUGUUCAUAGGUGAUGGAAGGUUGUUAGGCAGGACUCACAGUUGGAUUCUAGGUUUCAGGGUGGGGACUACUGUACUGCCUUUCAGUCAGGCGGAUGCCAAAGAACUGCUGCCUGGACGGGAAUGGGAAUAUGGUCUGGCUGGGAGGAUAGAAAGGUGCAGAUGAAAGAAAAUGUGAUAUGGGUUGCAGACUCAGGGCCUUGAGCACUGUUCUUUCUCAUCUUUGUGGUGGGGGAUGAUGGGGUGGAAAUGCACUCUCCCAGUCGGAUCACAUCCCACUACUCACCAGUCUUGUAUCCCGUCGCGGCUUCACAUAUAUUAUUUACCUGGCCCGGGUGGCAUUUUACUUUGCAUCCUUGAUUGGGAGUCUCAGGGGCUACGAACAAACGUUUUACCCCCGGGUAGCCGGCGGGUGCGGAGCGAGUAUUCGUGGGGCGGGAUAAGUGCGGAAGUCGCUGCGCCCUCGUCCCUUCAUCUCCGGGGGACGGCCACUCUCAGGGUUCCCGAGGAGCCGGCUCCGUGCACCUAGGCCCUAGGUCGGCUCCCAAGCCCCGGCCCGCCGCUACACCAGCGGUUUCUUACCCGCAAGUACAAAUGUGACACAGACACCAGCUCCUCGUGCUCUUGGCUCCCAGGGUUUCUUUCACCGCGCCUCAGCACCUGCAGCUUCUCCACUCUUACAGCGCCCGCCGUCGUCAAGGCAACAGAGGGAUGCCCGGUGACAGACUCGGCGCCGGAAGCCGGCGCCGUAAGAGAAGCGUCCGCGCGGGCGUUCUGGACCCGCAGAGUUCUCGGCGUUUCCGAAGCUCUUGGUGUGGCCGGGACCCGGGAGAAGGAGCAGGGCUGGUGGGGCUGCUGCAGCCGGUGAGUGUGGGCUGGCGCUGGGGGCUGGAACCUCCUAGGCCAGUCUCUGGGCGGUGCCGCAGGACCCUGCUCGCUGCGGCUCUGAGGCGGAAACAGGGGCUGGGGCCGAGCGCGGGCUGGGAGCUUUGGUCCCUGGAGUGUCGCUUCCAGUCUGGGGCCGAGGCGGUCGCCUGUGUAGACCCGGGAUCCUCAAAUAGAACGAAUCCGGGACCCUGCAGAAAUGAAGGGCAUGUAGUGUAGAGGUUUUUCCUUUUUAUUUAGAAAGGAAUGAAAGACCGGCAGUGCACCUGCUUGGAUAAUAAGCACGUGACCCAAAACUUUGUUCGGGCUCCAUGGGCAGGAAUAAAGCUAGGUAUUUGACCUCGCGCGAGGACGAGCGAGAAAUGUCAAAAUGAGGGACUUGGGGGAAGACUGAAGAGAGAAACGGAGCAUCUUCUUCAGCAUUUUCUCUCCCUCCUGGAUGCAACCCUUCCUGUACGUGGUCAUUGGCCUGGAGAAGUUUACUCGAGUACUCCUCCACCGGCAGGGUUACUGGUGUCACUGUGCACCCAGUCCCCUCGAGCUGAGUGAUUCAUCGCAGCCUUCGGAUCCGGAAGGAUGAGCAAACUCCUUAAGUAUAAUCGUGGUAGGAUACUGACUUUAGUGCUCGAACUGGACUUAGGCCUUGGUGGUCUAUCUCAUCAACAAACAUUCACUGGGUUCUUGGCUUAAGGGGUUUGAGAAGCCUUGCCACCUCCCAGCGUUUAUUAUUAUUUUUUUCUUUUGCCCCGACCUUUAGCCUCUGGGCCAUUUGUAAUACAUAUUUAAUAUUUAGACACAGGAAAUAAUCAUGGUGCUCAACAGUUUGGAUAAGAUGAUUCAACUCCAGAAAAACACUGCCAACAUCAGGAAUAUUUGUGUUUUGGCUCAUGUUGACCGUGGAAAAACUACUCUGGCUGACUGUCUUAUAUCUAGCAAUGGAAUCAUCUCCAGCCACCUAGCAGGCAAGUUAAGGUACAUGGACAGCAGAGAAGAUGAACAGAUCCGAGGGAUCACUAUGAAAUCCAGUGCCAUUUCCCUACAUUAUGCAACAGGUAAUGAGGAGUACCUGAUUAAUCUGAUAGACUCUCCAGGGCACGUGGACUUUUCCUCAGACGUAUCAACCGCUGUUCGCAUUUGUGAUGGAUGCAUCAUUGUGGUAGAUGCUGUGGAAGGAGUCUGUCCACAGAUUAAUGCGCUUACAGGAACUCUUUUUACUUCUAAAGUCCUAGAAGAAAGAGCAGAGAGGGAGACUGAAUCCCAAGCAAAUCCAAAUUCUGAACAAGGAGAGCAAGUAUAUGACUGGAGCACUGGCUUGGAGGACACAGAUGAUUCUCACCUUUACUUCUCUCCAGAACAGGGAAAUGUGGUGUUUACCAGUGCAAUAUGGGUGGGGCUUUGGGCCAAAGGAAAGAAACUUUUAUUUGUACAGUUGAUCCUGGAAAAUCUAUGGAGUUUGUAUGAUGCUGUCUUGAAAAAGGACAAAGACAAAAUUGAUAAAAUAGUGACUUCUUUAGGAUUAAAAAUUGGAGCCUGGGAGGCACGACAUUCAGACCCUAAAGUUCAGAUCAACGCCAUUUGCAGUCUGUGGCUACCCAUAUCCCAUGCUGCUCUUGCUAUGGUAUGUCAGAAACUUCCUUGUCCCCUUGAUAUUACAGCCCAGAGAAUGGAGAGACUGAUGUGCACAGGAUCACAAACUUUUGACUCUCUUCCACCAGAAACUCAAGCACUGAAAGCAGCUUUUAUGAAAUGUGGAAGUGAGGACACUGCUCCAGUUAUCAUGUUUGUUUCCAAAAUGUUUGCAGUUGAUGCUAAGGCCUUGCCUCAGAAUAAGCCAAGGCCUCUCACUCAAGAAGAAAUUGCUCAGAGACGUGAGCGUGCAAGACAAAGGCAUGCAGAGAAGCUUGCAGCAGCACAGGGACAGGCACCCUUGGAGCCCACCCAAGAUGGGAGUGCCCUUGAAACAUGUCCAAAAGGAGAGGAGCCAAGAGGUGACGAGCAGCAGGUGGAAAGUAUGACCCCCAAACCUGUGCUCCAGGAAGAAAACAACCAAGAGUCUUUUAUUGCAUUUGCUCAGGUGUUCAGUGGCGUGGCUCGAAGAGGAAAGAAAAUUUUUGUCUUGGGGCCCAAAUACAGUCCUCUUGAGUUUUUACGAAGGGUACCAUUAGGCUUCUCAGCUCCACCAGAUGACCUCCUCCAAGUCCCCUACGUGGCAUACUGUGCUCUGGAAAAACUGUAUCUUCUGAUGGGAAGGGAACUGGAAUAUCUAGAGGAGGUACCUCCAGGAAAUGUGCUAGGUAGGGUGAUGCUGUUUAUUUUAUCCUUACUCCAUUCUAGGAGAUUAUCUAACAUGUCACUGAAAAUUUAGUGAAAUUUUUGAAGGGAAUAACUUUAUUCUUUAGAUUGAUAGUUUUUUUUUUCUGGUAUCUUUAACUUAGUACAUUUGAGUAACUAACAUGGAGAUCAGUUACUUGCUGUGAAUUAUAGUAGUUCUGUUUUUAAAAUGUAUUGCUUAAGUAAUUUGUAAAUGCUCUAGCCUAAGCUGGAGUUCCAUGUAUUUCAGAGUGAGAGGGGAAAUUCCUGUUCACAUAAAGUCAAUCUAGAUGGCUAAGGCAUUUCUGGUUCUACAGAUUAGAUUCUAAAUUGUUGGAAACUAUUCUGAUGUAAAGGUCUAUUUAAACUCAUUGCUUUUUUCCCAUGCUUUUAUCCUUUGAGUAUUGCUUUGCUAAGAUUAGUUGAUUGUCAGUUUAUAUCUGUAAAUAUUAUUCUUCAUCUCCUUAGUGUUGUCACUUGUUUGACUUCUGCCCCUCAUUUGCAGAAUUCACUUUUUCAGUUUCUUAGUGCAACCUUAAAGACUCAGAUUAAGAAAUUUCUCUUGCAUCCAGAGUGUAUUAUAGAAUACUGUAUCCCAUUGUACUGUUAGAUUCUGAACCUUAAGGUCAUUGUCAGCUAUAGAGCUAUUUAUUGAGUGAUUGCUUGGUUUGGGAAUUCUCCGCUUUUUAGAAAAAGGUUUAACUUUUUUAAAAAGGUCUAGUCUGUUGGUCCAGAAUAGCUAAUGGUUUGUCUGGAUUUUAUAGACUUGAAUCCAAGAAAUUUGCCAAAGCAUGUUGCCGUUCACCUACAGAGAUAUAUUCUUUUCUUUAUUUAAUUUUUUGGCAUGAAAUUUGUAGAAUGCUUAGCUUCUCAUCAGUGUUACCUAUUUUCUUCCAUCCCUUUGGAAAAUGCCGUUUAACCUUAACAAUUGAUAUACCUUAUUAAGCUGCCACAGUCAACUUUAUUAGAAAGGACAUUGGAAGAAUGGAAAACACCCUACUUUUGUUCAUAAGCCUUCCUUGAGAUUACUGUAUUGCUCAAAUUAAAUGGAACAUGAAGUAUAAGAUCUCCAGCAUGAUGCUCAAGGGAAAGAAAAGGUAUUCUGCUGAGUGAAUGGUUUUUAUACGAUCUUCUCUAAUUAAGGCGUGGUGUUUGUGUUGUUUCCCUAGUACGGGAUGAGAAUGAGGGAUACAUUAGUUUCUGGUUUUCUUUUUUCUUCUGUUGCUGAAUUUCUAGAUGCUCUCCAGGACUGAGGUUAACUGGUGUAUAAGGAGAGAAACCACUUCUCUCUCUUCUGCUUCCCAAGGCAGCCUCAGCUCUGCCAUAUGGUACAGGGAGACAAACUUACUAUAAGCUAAAAUUUUUCAUUUAUUCUUGGAGAAGAGAUAUACCUUGACUUCUUUUAUUGACCUUUUAAAAAAGUGAGAUGGUAGCAUAACAUGGGGUAAGGAUGAAGUUGACUAAAUCUUUGUUUACCAGAUUUACUUAUGUAAGACUAAGCCAGAUGGACAACCACUUUGUUUGGAUAGAAAAGGAAAAGCCAGAUUUAUUUCCUAUAAGAGUUAGGAUUGUAUUUAGCUGCAAGUAACCAGAAAACCAACUGCAUAGUCUUAAACUUCACUCAGUAGAAAGCCCAAGGGUGGACAGUCCAGGGCUGGUGUCAUGACUCUUCUGUGUCAUCAGGGAGCCAGUGGCUCAGCAUGUGGCUUUUGUCCCCGUAGAAGCAAGAUGGCCUUAUAUCUCUGAGAAUCAUACCCACAUUCCUCGCAGGAAGAGAGCACAAGGGUCAAGACAUUCUAACAGGAUUAAUGUUUUUAUUUGGAAAGAAAUGCCUCUCUAGUGACUUCUGCAUAUAUGCUCAUUUUUGUAAUUUUGUCAUAUGUCCACUCCUACCUGCCGGGGAGGCCUGGGAUUGAGUGUUUUACUCUUCCAGCCUCUGUAGUUAAGGCAAAAGAUAUUGGGGUGGUGAAUGGCUUUUGAAUAGCCAGUCCACACUCUUGGCUGCAUUCGCCUUCCAUUUGCCUGGUGAUGCCUGAGGUGCCUCCAUUAAGGUUCUGUUUUCUUUCCAUUAAAGAGAAAGAUAGUCUACCAGAAGGAUUUUGAGUGUAACAUUGAAGGAAUUGGAAUGCAGCCGGCCACUUUGAUGGGGCUUUUUGAAUUGAAACAUAUAGUAAUUGUUUUUCUUUUAUUAAUUGAAAUCUGAUUGAGUCCCCUGCAUGACUAGAAAGCAUGAGUAUACCAAAAUUCUGGCCAUAGUUUUGCCACUAACUAGUUUUAUGGCCUCAGGCCAGUUAUGUAACCUUACUGGGCUUGUUUCUGAAAUGAUUUGGACUAGGGCAAUGAUUACUAAUACUUCUUAUGAUAGAAAUAGAACAGCCACUUUUAAUUUUUUAUGAGAAGACUGUGGAUUCCCAGGGAUACUUUUGUUUAUCUUAACCGGGAUUUGUCAUAAUCCUAAACUUUAAAGAUAAAACAUUAAAUAACAUUGCAUGGAGUAUAUUUUAUUGCUGUAGCUAUAAAAUACUAACAAAAUUGUAUUUGUAAUUUUUUUGGUAAAAUACAAGCAGAAUUGAAGUUUCAAAUUGUCAUUAUAUGAUGGCAGGUUGACAUCCUAGGUGGAGAUGGAGUGAGGUAGACAUUUUUUGCUUAAGUCAUGAAGAUCUUCCUUGGAUUUUGCUUUAAAAAAGUUCUAAACUAGAUUAUCUUCAAGAUUGCUUCUAGCUUUUAACAUCUAGGCUGUGUUUCUUAAAGAAAAACCUUAUUUGAGUAAUUAGGAUAUUUCCCUCCCUAGUGUUUAUUAGGAGGAAGAGUAAAUGUUUUGAUAUGAUUAUCUGGGUUGAUUGAUAACCCAUUUUAAUGGCGUCAUUAAAACAUCUUGAACUGGUUACCUGCCUCAAAGUCAUAGAAUUACCUUUUUAGGCAAAUUUUACUUGUUCCUUGAUUAAAAGUAUGUAGCAUAUGUUAGCAGUAGCAGCAGUCUCAAGCCAGGGUGUUUAUUAAAAGCAACUUUUCAAAGCUAGGAGUAAGUUUAAGACAGGACAGAAGAGGCCAGAGAGUCUAGUAUAUUAAGGGGUAAGAAGAAAACUGCCCAAGAGAAGGCUAGCUGCCAGCUACAGGUAAUAAAUGCUGGGGUUCCAGCUUUUGGCUUUCUAGGGUAAGUUGACGGUGACCAGGUAUGUCAGCACAUUUUUAUUUUUCUUUGAAACAGAUUUGUCUUCUCAGGUAGUUUUGAAAUGGAAAGAAUAAGAUGGCUGCAUUGGGCUGAAAUAAUCUAUAUGCUCCAAUUACCUGUUGUUGCAUAAUAAAACGCUCAAAGUCUAGUGACUUAAAAUAAAGAUGGUCCUUAUUUUUUCAAGCAUCUGCCAUUCAGGCGUGGUUUGGUGGGAAUAGCUUAUCUCUUCUAUGUGGUGUCUAUUAUUUUUUUUUUUGAAACAGAGUUUCCCUCUUGUCACCCAGGCUGGAGUGCAGUGGAGCAAUCUCGGCUCACUGCAACGUCUGCCUCUUGGGUUCAAGUGAUUCUCCAGCUUCAGCCUCCCGAGUAGCUGGGAUUACAGGCACCCACCACCAUGCCCAGGUAACUUUUGUAUUUUUAGCAGAGACAGGGUUUCACCAUGUUGGCCAGGCUGGUCUCAAACUCUUGACCUCAGGUGAUUCACCCUCCUUGGCCUCUCAGAGUGCUGGGAUUACAGGUGUGAGCCACCACGCCUGGCCCCACGUGCUGUCUAUUGAGACGGCCCAAAGCCUGGAGUCUAAAGUCAUAUGGAGGGUAUUUCAAGCACAUGUCUGGGGGCUGAUGCCAGUUGUUGUGUGGAACCUUGUUUGGGAGUAGAACUAAGGCCUUUCCAUAUGGCUGCUUGGCUUCCUUGCAGCAUGGUGGCUAAGGUUUACAGGUGAGCGACCCAACAGGGAGAGCCAGGAGGAAGGUAUAUCACCUUUUAUGACCUAACCUUCAAAGCCUUCAGCCCCACUUCUGCCACAUUCUGUUUAUUAGAAGUGAGUCACUGCAGCUGGCCCAUGUUCAAAGGGAGGGAACUGACUCUGCCUUUUGAUGGGAGGCAUGUCAAAGUAUUUGUGGAUAUGUUUUAAAAUGACCACAUUGCUAAUCGUAGAUAAUUUCUUGUUUCCUUUUGCAUUUUAACAGACUCAUGAAAGGACACAUACAAAGAGAUGUUCAUAGUGAUCAGGGCACGCCUGUAAACUUCGUCUUUUUUACUUUUGUUAAAAAGUUGUAAUUCCUAUUUAAUAAGAAAAUAGUGGAGACCAAUAUGAUUGGUACCCAUAUGCUUUCCAUCAUAAAUGAUACGGAGUCAGUAAAUUUAUCAAGUGCAGAUGAAAAUUUUUGUUGGAAAAGGAAAUGAAAACAUUACAUGGCAUUCUUGGACAAUUCAGCAUUAUUCAGUCAAAGUCCAAAGGAAAGUUCUUUUAUUGGCACUUGAAAAAUGCAGAUUUCACAUUUGAACUCAGCUAUAAGUCACUUAGAGAACUUAUAUGUGCUGAUAAGUGUAGAAUAGAUUUUGUGGUCUGGAAAUAGUUGAUUUAAAGUUUAAAGUUAUUUAAUUCUAACCUGAUGUUUAUAAAGUUGGUAUAGAUGGGACCAGAGAGACCUCACCAUGUUUAGCACACAAUAGCCUUUUGUUCUUUUCCCUACUAAGAAUAUCUCUAAAAAUAAAUGUUUGCUGCAGGCUCCUAUUAAAAUGUGAGGGGAAAUUGAAUUAGGAUUCCAAAUCUUUAGCCUUUUCAUAUACUCCUUUAGAUCUCUUCCAUAUGGUUAAAUCUUUAAAAGUUCAAGGACAUAUUCUGAGAGGAAACAUGAUAUUCUUCUUUUCACAGCAUGAGGAAAAUAAUAAAUUUUAAUUAGCCUUUUUCUGAGCUGGUUUUAGUUCUGCCAUGGUUGGUUGCUGGGUUGAUAGGAAGUCAGUGUUGAUAAUCUGUGUGUGUGUGUGUGUGUGUGUGUGUGUGUGUGUGUGUGUGUGUGUGUGAGAAUCCUUAGUCAUGUGGGGUAAUCUAGGAGUCAGAAACCUUUGAAGGGUUUUUACUAGCAAAUUUGAUGUAAUUUAUUUCAAGGGAAAGCUUAGUAGUAUUCAGUUCUUAAGACUUUAUGAUACUUUUAUAAUGUUUUUAAUUCACUUACUAGUGAAUUUCUUUUAAAUGUACUUUAUUAUCAACAUUUCCAUUUAGAGAUAAUCUAUUUUAAUGAGUGAAAACCUAAUAGUCAUUUCUUAGUUUUAAGAGUUUCAACUGAUUUUAAUGGCUUUUCUUUUACAGAUAAUAAUGAUUUUAUUCUCUUUUUUCCUAAUAGUUGUGUGUCAUAUUUCUUUUUAUUUUCAUAUUGCUUAUAAGAAUAUGGUACAUAAUAAUAAUUACAGUUGCUAUUUUGUCUAGUUCCUUCCAGACUUUAAUGGGAAUGCUUCUGGUGUUUUAGUUUCAGGUUUGCUGAUGCCUGUCGAUUCAUGGUGUCUCUUAUUUAUUGUGCUGGGAAAGUUAUUUUUUUUUAAUAAUCAGGAAUGGAUACUGAAUUUUAUUGAUGCAUUCUUAGCAUCUGAAGACAAAGUUAUAGAGUUUUUCUCCUUGCUGUAAUUGAUAUCAUGAAUUAUAUUUAAUUUCCUGAUUAUUAAGGCGUCCUUGAAUUCCUACGUAAAAAAAACAGCACUCGAUCAUUGCAUAUUCUUUUCAACCUCUGUUAGGUUCAAUAUACUAGCAUUUUAUCCAGACUUUUCUUGCAUUAUAAGUUAAAAUGGCCAUUAUUUUCUUGGUAUCAUAAUACUAAAAUGGGAAGCUUUCAUUUUUUUACCCUCUACAGCUGCACUCUCCAUUUGGUAGCCACUAGGUACAUUCACUUACUUAAAUUUAAAUAGAUUGAAAUCAAAUAACAUUAAAAGUUUACCCAUCAGUUGCACUAGCCACAUUUCAAGUGCUUAAUAACUAUGUGUGGCUAGUGGUUACCGUAUUGUAUAGUGCUGCUCUUGAGAAAUGUGUAUAUGAUGUAAGAAUUACCUUUUCUUCAAAAGUUUUGAAAUAGUUCACUUGUAAAACUAACUGGGCUUGGUGCAUAAAAUACUUGAUUCUUUCCAUCUGGUAAACUUUAUCUUUUUCAUUUUCAGUUCUGUAUAUUUGUGUUUUCUUGUUUUAUUUAUUUAUUAUAAAUUUUUGUUAUUUUAUGUAGUUUUGUAUAGAGUUAACGUUUUAAAGUUCUUUUUAAAAGAUAACUUUCAGUAUAGUGCAAGCCAUAAUAUUGGUGCAUUUGAAAAUGCAGAUAAGGCUGGGUGCUGUGGCUCAUGCCUGUAAUCCCAGCACUUUGGGAGGCAGAGGUGGGUGGAUCACCUGAGGCCAGGAGUUCAAGACCAGCCUGGCCAACAUGGUGAAACCUCGUCUCUACUGGAAAUAGAAAAUUAGCUGGCCGUGGUGGUGGGUGCCUGUAAUCCCAGCUACUCGGGAGGCUGAGGCAGGAGAAUUGCUUGAACCCAGGGGAGGCAGAGGUUGCAAUGAGCCGAGACCGUGCCAUUGCACUCCAGCCUGGAUGACAAGAGUGAAACUCCUUCUCAAAAAAAAAGAAAAAAAAAAAAGUCAGUUAUUCUCAACUUUGAAAAUGCAGAUACGCCAAAUAAGAGUUAUUGCUACCUAUAGGGGUAACCAUCAGUCUUUUUCUGUCCAUAUGUGUGCAUAUUUUUAAAAAUUGUGGUAAGAAAACAACAUAAAGUUUACCGUCUUAACUAUUUUUAAAAGUAUGCACUUCAGUAGCAUUUUUUUAUUUAAAAAAUCAUACUUUGUAUACUGUUUUUUAACCUGUAUAUUUUUCUCUUGGAGACAAUCCCUUCUCUGAAUAUGGCUUUCCCUGCCUUCGUUUAAAUGCAUUUGCUGCAACUUUCAGAACAGUGUUAAAUAGCGCUGCAAUAAGAAUCUUUGUUUCAUUUGUUAAGUUAGAGGAAUUUAUAUAUACAUGUUAUCUAUAUAUGGUGUGUGUGUGUGUGUGUGUGUGUGUGUAUGUUAACCUGAGAUUAUGUCUACUUUUUAUAAUGAAAAGGAAGUAUCCUCCUUUUUCUAUUUACUAGGUUAAUUUUUAAAAUGUGGGUAGAUAGUGAGAUUUAUCAAAUGGUCUGUUCUACAUCUUUCAGGUGACACAUAUGAGGUGUUUUUUUUUUUUGAUCCACUUAUGCCGUGAAUCAUAUUAACACAUUUCCUAAUAUUAAGCCAGUUUUUAUUUCUGGAAUACAAUAUUAGGUGAGUGUAUUUCAAGUAUGUUAUUGAGCAGUGAACUCAGUUUGUCAGUAGUUUAGUGAAAUGUUUAUAUUUGUAAGUUUGGUCUGUAGUUUUUUGUGUAUAUUUGUAUUUGUGGAGUUUUGAUAUCAGCAUUAUAUUAGUUGCAUGUAACAAAUCACAAAUUAGGGGAUGGUUUUUAUUGUUAUCUAUUCUGUUUAAAUGGCAUAGGAAUUUUCUGGUCCCUAAAAUUUUGGAUAUUAGCAUCUAUGAAAUCAGCUAUAUUUGGUUAGUUGUUAAUUGUUAUUGUCCCUUUCAGGUUCUUUUUACUGUUUCUUAUGUCAGUUUUGGUACUUCAUGCUCACAGAUAAUCAGAUUGACUAUCCAGUUUAUUUGUAAUGGAGACCAGUAUUAAUACUGAUAAUAUUCAUGACAAUAAUUAAUAUCAGGGCUUACUAUGUGCUAGAAAUUAUACUAAAUUUUUGGACGUGAUUAUCUUCUUUAUUCCCUGCCAGGUGAGAUACAUACAUUUCACAGAUGGGAAAAUUGACACAAAGAUUAAGUAACUUUUCAUGGUCCCAAAAUAAUAUUUAUUCAGAUGAGAUAUUUAUCUACUUCUGUAUCUUUAGUUUAUUUAAACUCUUUGUUUCCAUAUUACUUGAGUUUUUUCCUUUUCUCUUGAUGUCUUACUGAUGAUUUGUUACAUUGUAUCUUUCCUUCUACCCUUAAAGACCCCAUUCUUUAUAUGUUACAGUCUUCUAGUAUAUUAUGUAUUAUCUUUAAGUCUUGGUUACUGCUUAUCAUAGAUGACUUUAUAUUUUAAUUUUUAAUUUAGAUUUGGUUUGUUUUCUUCUCAAAGGAAAUCAUUUAUGGUCUGAAUCUUAGUAAAAUUUGGACUGAAUUUCUUUGAUUUGAUACGCUAUAUUCUGUUUAUCAUAUUUUUAUGUGUACUCUUAUUCAACGCUUUGCAACCAGUGGAUUACAGUUGCCUUUUACAGAUGUGACAAGCCACUGAUUUCUUUAGCUCUUGAAGCUGCUGAGCAGGUUAUGGGAAGGUGGGAGUUCCCUUGUCUAUCACCCAGAUCAGAUUGUUAGCAUACAGGUUGAUAAAAUGCUUAUUUUACAACUUAAGAUGUGUCCGUUAAUUCUCAUUUUCACUGUCUGAAGUAAUUGGCAAUGACUAAGUUCUUUUGAAUACAUAGAUUAAUACAGUUUCAUAAUCUAAUGACUGUUUAUCUACUAAUAAGCCCAUUGCUGCUGUAGAUAUUAUAUAAGAACAAAGGAUUCUUUGAUGGGAAUUAUCUUCCCCUCCAUCUUCAAAGAGUAUAUUCCUCUUUUACUCUUAAAUGACAUUUAACAAUGUAGAGGCCAGAUAAUUAGGGAAGAUGAAAUAAGAGAUAAUUGGAACAGUUUUUUUGAAAUUUGUCAGUUAAAGAAGGAGCAAAAUGGAUUAACAGUUUGAAGGAAUAGUUGAGUCAAAGGAGUGUGUGUGUGUGUGUGUGUGUGUGUCUUUGUAUUUACUGGAGUUUGAUUAUACUUGUUGUAUCAGUGGAAAAGAGGUAGGAAAAGAGGAAAAAUAAAAGAUGCAGUGAAAAACUUAAAUGAUUAAUAAUACAAGGUUUAUAGUCUCUCCCAACUCAACAAUGUAGAAAACAUAGCAAUCUGUUAAGAAGAAGGAAGGUUUUGGACAGAAUAAGAUUCCGAAAACUGGUAGAUGCAUGGAAAAGCCACAACGAGCAUUUGCUAGCAAAUCAUUAGAUUAUACCUUGACUAAAUUGGACGGUAAUGAGGUUCUGGGAAGAAGUGGAGAUGGGGAGUCCAGUGAGCAUUACAUAGACAUUGAAAUAUAAGACUGUUUUGAGUAAAGUGCCAGAGGGACUAUAGGCUAUUCAUGAUUGGAGGCUUCCCUAGUUACAAGCUUGGAGAAAAUGCUCAUGAGACCAUCUUCUCUCAAGCAUUAGGUCCUCUUGCUUCUUGUUGGGAAAGAGGGGACAGUCUCCCCUGCCAUAGAGCCACCUCCUGCAAACUCAGCAGAUAGGCUUGUUGCAAUUUCUUCAUUUCCAUCUGUGGUUUUGGCCCUACUAAUCCUAUUUCAGGUACAGUAGUUGAAAAAGUGAACAAUUGUAUUUAGAACUUACACAUAAUAAUGAAUAGACUGCAGAUCAUAUUCUCUUCCAAAGAUAUGCUGGAAACAUACUUCGUGAGUUGAGUAUUUAUCAGCAUAGUUGUCAUGUGAACACUGGGCAGGCCAGAGAGGCCAGAGCCUGGAAUUUAGCUAAACUAAUAAGACACUAGCAGGUCAAAUGUCAGAUAUAGGAAGCAGGAAAGAGUAGGUGGGUGGUAAUGGGCCAAGCAAAGGUCAUGCUCAAGGAACAGAUAGUGAGAAAUUUGACCUCUAUUCUUAGUAUUUUUUAGCACAUGACAGAAUGGGGAAAUAAUUUGACAUUUAUAUGGUUUCAUGCAGGUUGGGAAGAUAUCCUUGAUGGUUCACACAGUGGUCUUCUUGUUGAUAAGUUCAGAUUUGAUUUUUUCCAACAGAAAAGCAAGUGAUUGUCAAAAGGGUUUUGAAGAAGGUGGAAAUAUACUCUCUUAUGCCCGUAAAUUGAUACAGUGUGAUUGGAGUGCAAGUUGUAAGGCAGGGGUAAAUUGGUUAAGUAGAUUUUUUUUUAAUUUCCAAAAAGAAAGGUGUUUUUUUAAAGACUAUGAAGAUAGCUUGGGGGAAAGGUGAUUUUCAGUUAUAACAGUAAGUAUGAAUUUUGAGUAGUGGCAGUUAUUAUAAAGACUUGGCAGGUCUUUCGGUCUUUCCAGAAAAUGUAAAGUAUAUGAUUAGGAGAAAGGUGAUAUUGGAUAGAGAAACAUGUUUCUAGUAUGACCUGAAACAUGACAUGUGGCAGACAUUAGAUGUGAAGUAAUCAAGGAAAUGCAUUUUAAAAUCUCGGUGAGAUGUCCUUUCAUAACCAUUAAAAUGACAGAAAUGUUAAAAUCUGACAAUGUUCUGUGUUACAGAUAUGGAGCAGUGAAAACAUUUGUAAACUGUUGUUGUAAAUUGAUAUAACCACUUUAAAAAAUACUUGACAACAGGGUGUAGCAAUCCCACUUCUAGGUGUGUAUCUUAGAGGAGCUUUAAGUACACUCUUGAACAAAGAGACAUGUACAAAGAUAUUUAUAGUAGCACUGUUUAUGAAAGCAGAAAAAGGGAAGCACCCUAAAUAUCCAUUGGCAGAUGAAUGGAUAAGUAGAUUAUGGUGUACAAUGGAAUAUUAUACAUUCGUGAAAAUGAAUGAAGUACAUUAUAUGUAUCAACUUCAGUCAGUCUCACAAAUAUAAUUAAUUUUAAAAACAAGCAAGUUGCAGACAAUUUAUAUAAAGGUUAAAAAUAUAUGGCUGGGCGUGGUGGCUCACGCCUGUAAUCCCAGUGCUUUGGGAGGCCGAGGGGGGCAGACUGUGAGGUCAGGAGUUCAAGAAUAGCCUGGCCAACAUGAUGAAAC